AUGAGUUUUGAGAAAGACGAAAGUCUCGAUGAGGGCAAGAAUCGAGAUGUCGAUGCUCUUGAGUCUCACCAAAAUGAACUCAGUGAACAAAUAACGAACGAAGAUGUUAAAUUGGAUCACUUCGAUGCAUCUGCGGCGGUUAUUAAAGAUAGAGGGGUAUACAGAGUAGAGGCUCUAAAGACAUAUUUGGAUACAAUAAAGAAUGGUUUGCGGAUGAAAAUCAUCUUCGGUACCUCAAUAAUGAUCUGUGCUUGGGCUAUUGCUUUAGAUUCUGGCGUUACCUAUAGUCUCCAGCCAUGGGCAACUUCAUCGUAUCAGGAGCACUCAAUGGGCUUGGGUGCGCUUUCGAUUGCUAAUGCAAUUAUUACUUCCAUCUCAAAGCCAGUAUUCGCUAGAAUUUCAAAUGUGGUCUCUCGUCCAACUACUUACAUACUUAGUAUCUUAUUUUAUGCUGUGGGAUAUAUUAUUGUUGCAGCAAGUAAUACCGUAUCUGCUUACAUUGUUGGACUGGCCGUAGCUAGCGCAGGGUCUUCAGGUAUUGAUUUCCUAAAUAGCCUUAUUGUCGCAGACAUGUCUAGCUUAAAAUGGAGAGGUUUUGUCACAUCUAUGUUGUCAACACCAUACAUCAUUAACACUUGGUAUGCUGGGUAUAUUGUUCAAGAUUUGGGUGCACAAAAUUGGAGAUGGGGAUAUGGAAUGUUUACAAUUAUUAUGCCUGUAGUUGUGGCUCCAGCAACUAUUAUCAUGGUAUAUUAUGAAGGGAGAGCUCAAAAAAAUCUUUCACCUAAACAGAAAGCUGACUAUAAAGCUUCAUAUGGAUUUAAAGGUAAUUGGAAAACACUUUUAUGGAGAGUUAUAGUGGAGGUAGACCUUUUAGGAUUAGUCCUUCUAGGCUUUGGCUUCGCUUUAGUUUUGUUACCUCUUUCGUUAUAUCAAAGUGCUGAAAAUGGAUGGAGAAACCCCAGCAUUAUUGCUAUGAUGGUUGUUGGUGGUGUUAUUUUAAUUCUAUUUUUCUUGUACGAAUUCUUAUUGGCACCUUACCCGAUAACUCCAAAAAGAGUUUUAAAUAGAACAUUAAUAUGUUCAAUUUUAAUUGACUUUUUCUAUCAAUUAGGUGGUAUGAUUCCUUUGGUUUAUUUAUCAUCAUUUGCCUAUAUUGUUCAGGAUUGGAGUGAUAGAAAUUGGACUUAUUAUAAUAACACUUUAACUAUGAGUUUAUGUGUUUUCGGUGUAGUGGCUGGUAUUUUCUAUAGAAUAACUCAUAGGUAUAAAGUUUACCAAAUUUUCGGAAUCGUCCUUUCAAUUCUUGGACUGGGAAUAAUGAUAGAAGGAAAAAAUGCAAGAUCAAGCACUCUUGCUUUAGUUUGGUCUCAAAUAUUAGACGGUAUGGGAGGAGGCUUUAACGUCGUUGGAUCAGGAGUCGCCUUACAGGCUUCAGUUCCUCAUAGAGAUAUGUCUAUAUCAAUGUCUAUUUUAUCACUUUGGUCUUAUAUAGGUCAGUCAAUUGGUUCUGCUAUAUCUGUUGCAAUAUGGGAAGGGAAGAUGUAUAACGCCUUGAGAAAACAUUUGCCUAGUUCUGUUCUGGACACAGAAGUUGCAAGCUUUUUUGCUGACAUCACUGUGAUCCGUGGAUACGAUUUCAAAGGCGAAAUAAGGCAAGGAGCUGUCAGAGCUUACAAGGAGGUUAACUAUUACUUUUAUGCAAUUGCUUUAGGAUUACAAUUUAUUCGCCUUAUAGCAGCUUUAUUCCAAAGUAAUUAUUUCCUAGGUGAUCAACAAAACGCAGUCGAGUCUGCAAUUGUAAACCCCAAUUCUGAAGCAAGCGAAACAGAACAUAAGGACGAGGAAGAAUGGUACAAGACUCGUAAAGGAUGGAAGGGUAUAUUACUUGAUGUCUGGUAA